AUGGGCCGUGCGCAGAUGCCUCAUCCAGCUACAAAAAUUCAAUCUUCUGCUCUCCCGCAGCUUGAUUCCUUCUCAAACACGAUACUCUUUUCUAGCAAUCAAGAGCCACCUUCAUCUGCUGUUGAGGCGAGCAACCCUUGCAGACGACGCUUCUCUCGUUAUGAUAAUGGUUUCAUAGCGGACUGUUCAGAACGCACAGCUCCCGUAGCCUGCUCAUACAGAAUACCUUUACCCCCCCCCCCCCUUUUUCGAAUGUGACAAUGUCCAAAAUUCUAGAUGCUAUCGCGCUUAGCCCCUGGCCGAGACGAGCCCAACAAACAUAGAUAAUGAUAGUUUUUGCUCCUGUAUCAAUCCUGCUCCCGUUCGUUUGAAUGACUCUUGGGUAACAAAUGUUCUCUCUACCUAGGAGGGUUAACUAAAACUGCACCCUUCGCUGACCUAAAUACCCUCGAAUAUCUACCCUUGCGUUCUUCUAUGUGACGUGUCUCCGGGAGGAAUCACGAUGGGGUAUAUCCAAUUUCAAUUUGAAAAAAUCUGACUGAAUG